GUAGUCAGUACUGUACUACUGUCAGAUUUUGACGCGACGCGCUCAUCUAUUUAUUUACCCUAUAGUCGAAGAUUUAUUUACCCCUGUAUUCAACCAGCCCUAUGCCCUUGCCCUUACCAUCAGCUAACCCAAAUAGAAACCUAAUGCCAUUAGCAUGUUAUGCUAAACAUGUUAGUUAUCCCCAUACUGUUUUAUUAUAAAACACUCCUUGACUUGUGACUUUUUAACACUCUUUGCGCUAAGUGACACCUUAGCUACUAGAGCAUUCCUAUCGGCUAGUCUUUUCUCUUUUUAUUUGGUUUUAAAUUGGUAAAUUCGUAAAUAAAAUUGUCACUAAAUGGCUGAAAAAAGAAAACGGAGUCAAAAUUUUACGGAUGACGAAAAACAAAAAUUAAUUAAAUUGCUCAUGCAGCAUAAAGACAUUAUAUUAAGUAAAAAAACAGAUGGAUCCACCAAUGAAGCAAAAUUAUCUGCGUGGAUGCAAAUAACUGCUUCAUUUAACGCUACUGGAUCAAUAAUCAGAUCAAAACAAUCUUUAUUGAAAAUGUGGGAAAAACUGAAAAGUGCUAGCAAAUCAUAUUAUUUUUCUACGAGAGAAAGUAUAGAACAGACUGGUAGCACAUGUACUGUUAAAAGGGACCCUAUAUUGGCACAGGUCUGUACCAUGUUGGGUCACAGUUGUUCAGAAAUUGAGGAAGAGAAUGCUUCUAAUGUUGUUGAGGCCAUAAUAUCUGAAUGUGAUAGCGAUAGUGAAAGUCUACCAAAGGUUGUCAAUUGUGAAAUUGAUGUGGACAUACCAUUUGCAGCUAAUGAUCCAUUAAAGGUUCCUAGACUAUGGUCCAGGUCAAGGAGACGAAGAACCUCCUCAAUCAAUGAAAGACAAGAAGCCAUGAAUUCUAGGGAUUCUGGCUUCAAAGAUGAAAAGAAGAAAGAUGCGGAUGAGUUAAAGAUUAUGUUACUUGAAGAGGAGCUUAACACUAAAAGGCAACUAAAUGAGCUACAAAUCCAGGCUGCUAGAAAAGAACUCAUUAUUAAAGAUUUGGAAAUAGAAAUAAGAAAGGCAGCACUGGAAAGAGUACAAGGAGGUAAUUUACCAUGGCCAUCCAUUUUUGGAGGUCCAGUCAAGGAGGAACAUUGAAUUAGUUCUAUUUUUAAAAUAAAAAAUAUAUUAUAAGUAAUAUAGAAAAGUGA